AUGACACAACCGAAUACACCUCCUCAUAAUGUCGAUAAAAACGGCAUGACUCCAAACUUACCUAUGAAUGAUCAAGUAAAUAACGAAAGUCAUGAAAACUCUAAACAAUUUCCAGAGUUUUACUCGGCAGUUAAUGCAAAUGCUGAAGAAUCUGUGAACAAAAUAGCAAAAGCUUGGCGGAAUCAUCGAUUACGGAGAGAAAAACUUGGAAAAGUAAUAUCUUCCGAAUCUCGAAACAAACUUCAUUCUGAAAGAUUUGUUUGUUUGCAUUUACCCGGUCAUAGCGAUUCAUGCCCAGUAUGGCUUAAAUGGGAGGAGCUAUUAAAUACUAUAGAAGGCCAAUUACAUCGAAAAGAUUCAAAAAUGGCAUCUGCAGUACAUGUUGUUGAACGUAUUGGAAAAGGUACAAGAAAUAUUAAUGGUCAUAUGUGGCUGAUAUUGGAUACAGAGCACUGGUUAGAGAUCUGUGAUUUAAAACAUAGAUAUGGUGCAAAUUUAAAGAUUUAUCAUGAUUAUUGGCUUCAAACUGAAUCAAAUGAAAAUUUUUUCGUUUGGCUUGACGAAGGUGGUGGCAAAGAUCUUGAUCUUCGUGCUCGUCCACGUAGUCAACUUGAAAAAGAAAAAGUAAAAUAUUUAUCAAAAACAGAGCGUGCUGAUUUCGAAGUAAAAUUCAAAGAUGGAUUAUUAGUUUAUAAGAAAAGUGGAAUUCCAGUAUACACACAUCGUUCAGAAGAUUCCACGUCAAAUUCCCCUUUUAGCCUUGCAAACAUUAAUAAAAGUGCUGAAGAUGAUGGAGAAAAUGGUUCAUCAUCCCUUCAUCGACGUGUCAGUGAAGGGAGAAAUGAAAAAUGGAUCUACGUGACCGAUUGUUUUGGGAAUUUUUAUGUUGGCCAAAAAAAAAAAGGCCAUUUUCAUCAUUCUUCUUUCUUAGCUGGUGGAGCCAUUUGUGCUGCUGGUGGAAUAAAAGUCCGAAAUGGAAAAUUAAUUGAACUUAAUCCGAAGAGCGGGCACUAUAAGCCAGCAAAACAUCAUUUCAAUGCCCUUGUUGAUAGAUUGAAAAAAGAAGGCGUCGAUUUGAAUGGUACAAAGUUGUUAUAUCCAUCUGAAAUAAUAGAGACGCAAUUAUUGACCAAAUACGUCAAACGUAUGCCUGACCGACAACAAGUACAUGAAGAAAUUAAUAAAUUAUAUCAUAAAAAUAUUAAUUCUCAAAAUGAUGAAGUACAAGUUCAUAAUAAUAUAGAAGUUCCAACAUUAAAUAUAAAUGGAGAUUCUCGUAAAAAUGAAGAUUCUCAUAAAAAUGAAAACAUUGCUAAUGGACUUCCUACAAAUAGAAUUGUUCGUAAUAUAAUCGAAGACGACUCUAUAGAGAAUCAGAAACGGAAAUCUCAUGGGCUCUUUCACGAGUUCCGAAGAAGUUUUUCUUCAAGUAUUUCAUCAUUUAUGUCAUUAUUCCUUGGAGACGAUAAUAAAACAGACAACAACUCGAACACAGAAAAUAGUCGAAUAUCAUUCAGAAAUAAUGAAGAUUACCAUCAACAAAAAUCACGUUUGAUGAACUAUAAAUUUGGUGCUCAAGGGCAAAAUAAAGAUCAUGGUGAAAAUCCUACAAAAUAA